AUGCUUUUUCAAGAACAAGUUGAACGGAUAAAGGUUGUCUAUCCUGGUACGAGUUACGUUUGUUUAUUAGAUGGUGAGAAUGGGGAUAUCAUUGCACAAUCCGAGACAACUGAAGUCAAUACAGAUGAAUUUACACGCACAAUCAUUAAUUUGAAGGAUGCAGCACUGCAAUUUGCGGCGACAUUAAACCAGAUUGAUCCACAAGUUGUCCAUGUUAGAGGAGUACAGGGAAUGUUUUCCUGCUAUGGAUCUGCUCAUAUGAUAUUGGCCUUUUAUAGUGAAAUACCAAGUGUAGACUUGGAAUUAUUUGAUUGUUUUGAAGCAGACAAGAAUAUUGAGCCCAUAACAGGAGAACUACAUCGACUUUUGGAUGCUAAUCAAAGUGGAAAACGUCGGUAUUAA